AACUCUACUCUUGACUAUUGUGACUGGUAUUUCGAAGAACUUUUGCAACACAUUUUUUUACAAAGAAUAAAUGCAAAAAGUUCACAACAAAUAACUGUUCAAGAUUUCACCUACUUUAAAGAUAUCGCCAGUCAAUGGUUAACUAUUAAACUUAGCGGCAGAAGUAAGGACUCUGAGCCGAUUUUACCAGACCAUGUGUAUGAUACUUUAGGUGGUCUCAAAAGGUUUGAUUCUAUGAAAGGACGCCAAGACGCUGAAAAAUUUCCUAGCUUUUUAUUUCAUGGGUUACAUGAAGAAUUUUUGGUAGGUGGAGAAUUACAGGGAACCCGUAAUAAGCAAUCAAUCAAUGGGAUGGAAGUUGAACAAAAGAACAAAAAAGUUAUACUAGAACUGUCAAUUGAAAUUGAAGAAUCACCAAUCAGUCGCAUUUUCGGAGAUCAACUUCGUUCAGUGCUUCAAUGCCCGGGAGGUAUUGAUUCUAUAACACUUGAUCCAUUUCUAUCAUUGCAACUUGAUAUUCAGGUUCGUGCUACCAAGCGAUUAUACAUAGAAACACUUCCGCCUAUUCUCACUCUUCAUUUAAAGAGGUUUGCGUAUGGCAAUGUUGGUGGAACGCAAAAAUUGAGCAAACAUAUUAGAUAUUCGAUAACGUUAUCAAUUAAACAAGGGGUGUAA